AUGAAAGAGUCAAAAGACGAGAAGAAAUCGAUCACAUCAAGUAGUAAUAAAAAAAGAAAAAGAGAGAGCGAAUUAAAAGAUGCUGGCAUAAAGGAAUCCAAAUCUAGUCACAGAGAUAGCAAAAAGAAAGGAACAAAAGUGAAAAAAUCAAAAACAGUGAAAUCCAACGAUAAGUCUAACUCUACGGAAUCAGAUAAGGAAGGGCUAGACACAGCUGUCGAGUCUCAUACAAUUAAGGAGGGAGGGCGAGUGAAAAAAUCAAAGAAAACAGAGGGAUCCGUCGACAUAUCCAAUUCUACGAAAUUGGCUAAAAGGAAGGGACAAGAAGCGCCUGAUCCUGAGUUUAAAAAAGCGAAAAAAUCAAAGAAAGCAAAGGGAUCCGUUCAGAUACCUGAUCCAAAGGAGUCGGAUAAGAAGAAAAGGCAAGAUGAACCUGGUGAUAUUACUGUUGAAGUCUCUGCAAUCAAGAAGGAAGCAAAAGUUAAAAAGUCAAAGAAAAUAACGGAAUCCAAUUCUACGAAAUUGGGUAAAGAAAAGACAAGCGAAACGCCUUGUGAUUUUACUAUUAAACCUUUUGCAAAUGAUCAAGCAACAAUAAAUUGUAAACCUAAAACAGUCGUAGAAGAGGAACCAGGUGUACAUACGAAAGCAUCUUGGAAGGAUUACUAUUCAAAACAUGGCAUUGCAGUAGACAGUGAAAUUGAUAUUCCGCCGAUAAUGUCGUUCUCGCAGUUGAAUGUCAACGCGCAUGUCAAGCAAGUUCUCGGCCGAUUUAAAGAGCCAACUCCAAUACAAGCCGUAUGUUGGGGGAUUGGCUUGAGUGGCAGAGACGUCAUUGGAAUUGCAGAAACUGGUUCGGGUAAAACUCUUGCUUUCUUAGUUCCAGCAAUGACCCAUAUUUCGAGAUCCAAAGAUAACUUUAUAAAAACAAAGGUACUGAUACUUGCGCCUACGCGGGAGCUUGCUCUGCAGAUUGAAGCUCAAUGUAAAGAAUUUGAGAAAACGUGUGGUUUCAAGAGCCUUUGUGUUUACGGCGGAGUACAGAAAUCAAUACAACGUCAAGCUCUGCGCGAGGGAGCACACAUACUAGUAGCCACUCCUGGCCGCUUAGUGGACUUUGUCAAUGAACGUAGUUGUGACUUGAGCGGAAUCUCGUUUCUUGUUCUAGAUGAAGCUGAUCGGAUGCUCGAUAAGGGUUUCGAGGACGUUCUCCGCCUGAUUGUUUCAAAAUUGCCCAAAAAACGACAAACGGCCAUGUUCUCAGCCACCUGGCCCGAACUUGUUCGCCGGUUGGCGCAUGAUUUUUUGUGCAAUGCGGUUAAGGUCAAUAUUGGAUCAGAGGAAUUGUCUGCUAAUAAUAAUAUCAAACAAAUAGUAGAAGUCCUAGAGGACAGAAAUCAGAAAGAAGGUCGACUCUUAAGAAUUCUUAAUCAAUAUCACAAGAACGGAAACCGAGUGCUGAUCUUUGUACUUUAUAAAGCCGAGGCGAUUCGUUUAGAAAAUGCGCUUGUACGUCAAGGGUUUGAAGCACAAGCCAUUCAUGGUGAUAAGAACCAAUAUCAACGCAUGCAGGCUCUCCAAGCUUUCAGGGACGGUUACUCGCCAUUGUUAGUGGCCACUGAUGUUGCAUCGAGAGGAUUAGACAUACCAAUGGUUGAAUACGUGAUUAACUACACGUUUCCAUUGACUAUAGAAGACUAUGUUCAUCGCAUUGGUAGAACUGGGAGAGCCGGCAAGACGGGCAUUUCUCAUACUUUUUUUACAUCAUAUGACAAAGCUCACUCGGGAGAGUUAAUAAAUGUUCUAAAAUCUGCAGGCCAGUGUGUACCUCCCGAGCUAAUGAAAUUCGGAACUACCGUCAAGAGGAAAGAACAUUCAGCAUAUGGUGCCUUUUAUAGAGAAAUUGAUCCUAAUGUCAAGCCUACUAAGAUCAAAUUUGAUGAAUAUUAG